GUCUGCUGUCCUUUGCUUUGUGUCAUUGGCAGGAAAGUGAAUGACAAAUAGUUUAAGUUUAUGUUGUGGUGCUAAUUAGAUCUCGUGCACUCCUAAGGGAAUGACAACGUUUUGAAAUAACCAGAGAAACAAGAUUGGAUGGUAGGGUGACUUACAUCAUGGAGUACUUGUUGAAAACGUUCUUUUAUCGGGAUGAGGAACAGAAAAUUACGGAGAAAAUUAUGGCCUCUUCGGUGAAGCUCACCGUUAAUGGCCAGGAAUAUGAAGUCGACCCAGCCACGCCUCCCAGCACUCGCCUGGUAGACUUUCUGCACGAGAAGAACCUCAGCGGAACCCACGUGACAUGUUACCAAGGUGGCUGCGGGGCCUGUACUGUCGUGGCGUCGUUCGUGGACCCCGAUUCUGGCGCCAAAAACACGCAUUCGAUCAACAGCUGCCUCGCCCCCCUCCUCGGCUGCAACGGCUGGGAAAUCACGACGAUAGAAGGCUUGGGGAAUCGCCACGAUGGGUAUCACGUGAUCCAGGAGCGGUUGGCAGAGUACUCGGGGACCCAGUGCGGGUACUGCUCGCCGGGUAUGGUUAUGAAUAUGUACGGCUUAACCCAGAGCAGUAGUUCAUGGACAGCUUCGGAGGUGGAACAACAUCUUGACGGAAACCUCUGUCGGUGCACAGGCUAUCGACCCAUCCUGGAAGCCUUCAAGUCCAUCACGGCGCAGGAUAUUGAGGAUUCCCACCUGGCCCGCUGUCCGAAAACGGGGCAGGCAUGUAGGGGGCACUGUGCUAAAAAGGAAAAUGCCAAGGAUCUCUACAGCAUCUUGUCGGGAAUCGAAGAAGGGAAGACUUAUCGUUUCGUCUGCGGUGACACGGCCCAAGCCGUGUACUACAGCGGCUCGUAUGACGUCUACAUCUACACCCGCCACGUGCCCGAGCUCUCCCGCGUGGCACAGGCUGAGGACGGCGUGGUCUUCGGUGCCAACGUGUCAAUCUCCCGCGUCAUGCAGGAACUUGACACGGUGUCAUCUGCGCGGGCUGGCUACGCCUACGCCAAGGAGCUGGUCAAGAACUGGCACCGCGUGGCGAGCACCUCCGUCCGCAAUCUGGGCUCCUGGGCGGGCAACCUCGGAUUGAAAUUAACUCACAAGGAAUUCCCAUCGGAUAUUUUUAUCAAUCUCUUGGGCGCUGGUGCUGUUGUAACGACAGCUCUCCCUACCGGGUCGACCUCGACUCACACCCUCGAGGAACUGCUCAACCUCGACCUUCAGAAGGAGCGUCGAGUGAUCCUUGAAAUGCGUCUUCCUCCCAUGCCUGACGACGUCGACUUCAGAGUCUUCAAGGUGAUGGGACGCUGGACCAACACCCACGCCUUCGUCAACGCUGCCAUGGCCUUCCGAGUAGACAAGGCCAACGCCCACACUUUGGUCGAGAAGCCGCUCAUCGCCUUCGGAGGAAUCAACCCGACGUUUGUGCGUGCCUCGGCUACGGAGGCGGCGCUGGAGGGCAAGAGCCUGGAGGAUGAGGGAGUCCUGCAGGCGGCCAUGCAAGCUCUGGCCGCCGAGAUCAAGCCCGACAACCUACCUCAGGAUCCCUCGCCAGAGUACAGGCUGUCGGUCGCCCAAACUCUGCUCUAUAAGAUGGUCCUGGGGAUCUUAGGAAAUGCCGCCUCGAGCACAGUGACCAGCGGAGCCACUGACCUAGAACGACCUGAAUCGAGUGGCCAGCAAGAGUACGACCAGAACACCGAGACUUGGCCCCUGGGUCAGCCCAUCCCCAAGCUGGAGGCUCGGAUGCAGUGUGCCGGCGAGGCCGAAUACGUGAACACAAUGGCGCCCGUUAGUGAGGAGCUUUUCGGAAUGUUCGUGACGUCGACGCAAGCCAACGCCAGCAUCGUCAGCGUCGACCCUUCGGACGCGCUUGCUAUGCCCGAUGUGGUGGCGUUCGUGGGCGUGGAUGACAUUAAAGGUGUCAACAACAUUAUGGCAUUUGGAUGGCCUUUGCCGCAGAAGCUCUUCCCGAGCAAUCGAGUGUCCUACUACGGGCAGCCCAUUGGCCUUAUAGUCACCAAGAACAGGGGAGCGGCCUACGGUGCUCGCGAGGCUGUCAAAGUCACUUACGACGACAUUCAGCCGCCCGUGCUUACCAUUGAGGACGCCCUGCAGAAGCAUCCCAUUCAGGGACCUCCUUUCAAACAGGGGGACGUGGAAGCUGGAUUCGCUUCCUCGACGCACAUCUUCGAAGGGGCCAUGAGCCGGGACGGACAGUAUCAUUUCCACAUGGAGUCGCAGUCUUGCCUGGUCGUGCCCACUGACAUCGGCCUCGACGUCUUUGCCUCGACCCAGUGGGCUUCGGAGACACAGCGCGUCAUCGGCAAAGUGCUGGGCAUUCCGGAUAACACCAUCAACGUAACGGUCAAGCGGGUGGGCGGGGCUUUCGGCGCCAAGAUCGACCAGUGCAACCUCGUGACGGCGGCGGCGGCGGUGGCGGCGCAGAAGGUCCGGAAACCCGUGCGCGUUGCCCUCGACCUGGACGCCAAUAUGACCGCCAUCGGGUGGAGGGAGCCGUACCUGUGCACUUACAAGGUUGGGGUCAACGACGACGGGAUCCUGCAGGCCAUUCAGGCGACGCUGACCUGCGACUCCGGGUACGUGGCGGUGGACACGACUAGCCCUGGCGCCGUGACCUGUAUGACCUCGUGUUACAACUGCCCUAACUGGAAGGUCACGCCCCAGAUCGUCCUCACCAACACAGCCUGCAAUACGUGGUGUCGUACGCCCGGUACGGUUGAGGGCGUGAUCUUCAUGGAGAAUAUCCUGGAGCACGUAGCCCAAGGAAUGGGCAUGGAUCCUCUGGAGCUGAGGAAGAAGAACCUGAUGCCCGACGGAGGGACGCGCCCGCUCAACGAGGCCAUGAUUCGCCUCAGGUCACUCAUUGCAGGCAAGGAAGCAAAAUGGCUUCCGGAUCACCUGACUGUCCCCAAGAACCUUAUUUCGGACAUGUUAACCCAGCUCAUGGCCUCAGCUGACGUCGACGCACGAAAGAAAACGGUCGCCGAUUUUAACAAGGCCAACCUAUGGAAGAAGCGCGGGCUGUCAGUGAUGCCUAUGCUGUGGCCUUACGCAGUGCCCAUGAAAGCGCCAUUCAAUGCCAUGGUGUCUGUCAACGCCCGGGAUGGCACUGUGCUGGUUUCCCACGGUGGCACUGAGAUGGGACAGGGCAUAAACACCAAGGUCGCCCAGUGCGCCGCGUACGAGCUGGGCGUCCCCCUCGACACGGUGGCUGCGCGCCCCUCCAAUACCCACGUCAAUGCCAACUCGGAUGUCACAGGGGGCUCCAUGGGGUCAGAUGUGGCUUCCUAU